AACUUCAAAACCCUAAACCUGAAGAACUUAUUGCAGCAAAAUGCGUGUGAUUUUCACUUAUUCAACUCAACUACUCAAGUCCAAUUCCAAAAUCUGCAAAUUCAAUUCCUUGUUCACAGCAAAAAAUCUCGCCAAAACCGGCCAUGGAUUCUCCGAGUCAAUCAGACCAAUGUCUCAAUCAACUUCCAUUCCCAAGAAGCAGCAACGCAUCCGAGAUCAUGGCUACGACGACUACAUGGAGAUCGACAAGAAAAUACGUAAGGUCCUCAAGUUCUACGACUUAAUCCUAACUCAACCCAAUUCCAUGCUCUCCAUCUCCCGCCUCGACACCCUCUCCAGUCGUUUCGGCUACAAGCGCCUCGAAGCCGGCAAAUUCAUCCUUAAAUUCCCCUUCGUCUUCGACAUUUUCGAGCACCCAGUUCAGAGAGUCCUCUAUUGCCGCCUCACCAGAAGGGCUAUGCAACAGAUCGAUGGUGAAAACGAAGCCCUCCUAGCUCAAGUACCCGACGCUAUUACCCGCCUUAGAAAGCUCCUCAUGCUGUCCAACAAUGGCAGACUUUUGCUUGAAGAUGUGCGUAUUGCCCGGAAGGACUUUGGGUUUCCAGAUGAUUUCGAAUUCUCGGUAAUUCUGAAAUACCCACAAUUCUUUCGUCUGUUUGAAUCUGAGGAAUCAAAGGAGAAAUACAUUGAGAUAGUGGAUAGAGACUCAAAGUUAGCUGUUUGUUCUAUAGAGAGAGUUAGGGAGAGAGAAUACAGAGAGAAGGGAAUAGAAGCAGAAGAUGUUAGGUUCUCCUUCAUUAUAAAUUUCCCACCUGGAUUUAAGCUGGGAAAGUAUUACAAGAUCGCAAUGUGGAAAUGGCAAAGGGUUCCUUACUGGUCCCCAUACGAAGACAUAUCAGGUUACGAUUUGAGAUCAUUAGAAGCCCAGAAGAGGAUGGAGAAGAGGGCGAUCGGUACAAUUCACGAGCUGUUGUCACUUACGGUGGAGAAGAAGAUAACCAUGGAGAGAAUUGCUCAUUUUCGAUCGGUGAUGUAUUUGCCAAAGAAGCUGAAAGAUUUCCUCCUUCAGCACCAGGGGAUAUUUUACAUAUCUACUAGGGGUAAUCGUGGGAAACUUCAUACUGUGUUCUUGAGGGAGGCUUAUAGGAAAGGAGAGUUGAUACAACCGAAUGGUUUGUAUUUAGCAAGGAGAAAGCUUGCUGAGUUGAUCUUAAUGGGUCAUAAGAGAGCUAACAUGGAAAGCCCACUUGGUUAUAGUUAUUAUAAUAAUAAGCAGCAGCAUCAUGGUUGUGAUGUGAGAAAAACAGUGUAUAAUAAUAAUAAUAAUAACACUGAUGAUGAUGAGGAGGAGGAUAGCGGUUGUUAUGAGGAUGAAGAUGAUUGAGUUGAUAUUUGUGGGCUUUGAAGAUGAUCAAAGUUGAGAAAUGGUACUACUUGUAUUUUGAUUAUUCAUUGUAUUGUAUCAUUCAUUAUACAUCUGAAAGAAGUUUUGUCACGUU